AUGAAUCAAGCCACGCAUAUUCUCGAUUCAGGUGGGGAAGUGAAGAUAAUAUUAAGCGAUGCUGAUACUCCUUUUGCAGUGUGGGAUGAAGAAGUCGGAACUGAUACACUCCUCUGCGCUUCUGCUCCGUUAGACAUCAGCUCCCAAAGCGCUCCUGCUACUCCAGAGAAUCUCACUGUGAGGAUGUCAAGUAAAAAGAAGGAAAAGGGGGGAAUGAAGAAAAAGAAAGGAAAGGGAAAGGCAUUGUUUGUUGAUGAGUCCAACGAACCACAACCUGAGCCUGAGCCUGAGCCUGAGCCUGAGCCUGAGCCAGAACCAGAGCCAGAACCCGGACCCGCACCCGAAUCAGAAUCAGAGCCAGAGCCACCCAUCGAACAAGAAGAAGAUCUGACAGAAAGAAGUAUUACCUGCAUCCAGGUAUCGGCAAAGCAUUUAAUGCUUGCCUCACCCGUCUUCAAGAAGAUACUGACUGGUGCUUGGAAAGAGAGCAUUACUCUUUUGGAAGAAGGUUCUGUCGAGAUUACCACCUCCGGUUGGGACACUGAAGCCUUUCUGAUUUUGCUCAGGAUUAUCCACUGCCAACACUAUGAUAUACCCCAACAACUGAGCCUUGAGAUGCUUGCGAAAGUUGCUGUCAUUUCGGAUUACUAUGAGUGCAAGCCUGUCCUGGGAUUCUUUUCCCAUGCUUGGAUUAGGUCUGUGGAGAGGAGCAUGCCCACGACGUACUCACGAGAUUUGGUUCUUUGGAUAUGGCUAUCCUGGUACUUUCGGCUUCCAACGCACUUUAAAAGUGCUACAUCGGUUGCUAUGUCACAAAGCACUGGUCCAAUGACGAGUUUGGGACUGCCGAUCCCUGGUGAAAUUUUAGAUGAAAUGAACGAUCAUAGGGAGCAGGCUAUCGAACGUAUAAUCUCGAUGCUCCAUCAGCUGCGCCAGGCUCUGAUCGAUGGCACUCGAGGAUGUAGCUUUGAAUGCAGCUCAAUGAUGCUCGGAGCUCUCACCAAAGAGAUGCAGUCACAUAACUUACUUUCACCACGGCCCAAGGCUCCGUUUAUGAUGCUGAGCUAUCAGUCGUUAAAGAGCACAGUGCAAUCAUUUCGCUCGCCAGUAUGGAAACACAACCGGAAUUCGGACUAUUAUAAUUAUAGAUGCGGGGACUCAGACUUUACGGGCCUGUUUCGAGACCUGAAGGAUGGUAGCGAGGGACUUGAUCUGAAAAACUUUUAUCCCUUGAUCAGCCUUAGUUAUGCCUUUCUAUGUUCUGGAUUACCCCACCGCCAAUUCGAUGCCGCUUAG